GUUGAGUUUGGUACUUCACAUUUUUCGUCGCCAUUUUUGUCGUGGCGGUGCUCGUGCUGUUGUGAAAAGUUUUCAGCAAAUUUUACCCACCACCUGUCGUUCUACACCCAUCGGUGGCUUUAGUAGAUAUUUCGGCAUUCGUGUUUCCAAAUUUGCAUUCUCUCCGUGCCGUCUGCCCUCCCGAAAAGUGCCCUUGGCUGUGUGAGCUCCUACCAUACCAUCCGACACUAUCGCUGCGUAUAUUCGUGUUCGUGCGAAAGGAAGAUAAAAAGAACAAGCAGCAACGAGGCCCCCGGGCGGUCGAAAAAGUCACGGAAAUCGACGUAAGCGUACAACCGCCGUGUAAAAAGUCACAUACACAGACACACCCGUGCCUCCAAAGCGCAUCUCUUGCGAGAGCUGCUUUGCCUCUUCGCUAUACAGCGUCAGCUGUUUACUUGCAUUUCCGUCGUUUUCUCCCACCCACCAGAAGAAGAAGUAUUUCUUCCAGAUUUUUUUGAGGAGUGACCAACAUGGCCUAUUAGAAGAAAAAAACAAUGAUGCCGCAACGUAAGGAACUAGUUUCACUUCCCGUCGCCGCCGCCGCCGCAGCCGUCGUCGUCGCUAGCGUCAGCACCCACCGUCGCAGCUGUUGCGCUGCUACCACCACCACCGCUACCCAUACCCCCGUUCAGGUCCCUCGAGAAGCGAAGGGCUCUGUGUGCGUUAACGAAGAAGCUUUCGAAUUGUCCUACUUGCAAGCUGUAGAGUCAGCCACUUUCCUCCAUGGAGAAGAAUCGCUACACCAGUCAGAAUCUGUCCAAGGGGCAGAUUUCUGAGACGAAGAAAGGUCAAGAUGUUUCUGUUAAGUGGCCCCGACAGUCUAAGCGUCGUGGCGAACAGUCGGAUAGUGCAAAUAAUCAUCGCAACGGUGCAAGCACCGGUAAAGUACCCAACUCAAACAAGAACCGUAAUCAAAGCAACUACAACUACGAUGCUAGGCAACGGUCGCAGCGUGUUGGCCGGCCGGCAGAUCAGCUUGCGCUCAGCGCUGACGGCGGCGACACCGGGACCAGUGCGCUGGCCGAAGAGCAACCGGCCGCUAGCGGAACCGCCGGACUAGUGCCACCGGCACGGCCGAACACGACGCCCACCGGCGCUCGUGGUGAACUACACUCAGUUUUUACACCAGGCUCGAAAAAGCAAAGCCUGAACCACUUGCUGAACUAUCAUUACGCACCGCGCGAACGCGACCAGCCGGUACGUUUCACGCGCACGGGCAACUUGCGCAAGCUGACGAACCAAUCGCACGGCAGCUAUAACAAGGAGCAGUUCCUGCAGGCCAACUGUCAGUUUGUGGUGCGCGCCGGGGAAGACUACGAACCGUUACUAUCCGCACCGGAUCAGCUGGUGGACUGGGGCAAGGUGGAACAGAUCCACGUGCUCAGCUCGGAGGAACCCCAGUGUCCGAUCUGUCUGUAUCCGCCGGUGGCGGCCAAGAUGACCAAAUGUGGCCACGUGUACUGCUGGCCGUGCAUCCUGCACUAUCUGGCACUGUCGGACAAGAGCUGGCGCAAGUGCCCCAUCUGCUACGAAGCGAUCCAUCUGCCGGACCUAAGGUCGGCCGUUUCGAAACCGUUCCACGCGUACGGUACGGGCGAGUACGUAACGCUGCAGCUGAUGCGUCGCGAGAAGGGCACCAUGAAGGUGGUGGAGGUCAGCGAUGAGCUGCCGACGGUGGCGGCCAAUCACCGGGUGUUGAUUCCGCACUUCGACGCGACCGCAGGGAACAGCAUCCUGACGAAGCUGCUGCUAACCGACACCGAGCAGAUGUUGAAAAUUAUGGAGCGCGAGCAGACGGAGCUACAGAAUCAGCUCGUAACGGACGGUGCCGAUGAGCCGGAGAAUAUGUUCGUCCAGCAGGCGCUGGAGCUGCUCGCAGAAAAGCGCACCAAUUUAAAAGCGGCAAAAGCGAUCGUUUUUCCCGUGGCGAUGGAAAAGAUCGUCCGUGGGACGUCCGUCUCGUCGAGUGGAUCGGAAGAGGUCGGCGAGCUGCAACCGCAAGAGAGCGAGGAAGAUAAGGAAGGGUCGGUUGAUGGGUCGGCCUCCGCUGCACCGGGUAGUGGAGAAGGUUCACCGGACUUUGUGAUUGACGAGGAAAGUAAUUUCACCGUCGGGGAUAUCGACAUCGUCCCGACGGCACAGUGUGCGGGCGAGCAUUUUUACUUCUACCAGUCCGUGGACGGGCAGCCACUGUUUCUGCACUCCAUCAACAGCCGCAUGCUGCAGACCAUGUACGGCAGUCUGGACCGUAGCCCGCAUCGCAUCACGGGCCGCGUGGUGCAGAAGGAUUCCUGCUCGAUGGAUGAGAAUUUGCGCCGUCGGUUGAAGUACCUGGAGCAUUUGCCCGUCUGCACGCAGUUCGAUGUGGUUGAGCUGGACUUCGGGCCGGCAUCGGGUGGACUCGUGUCGGAGGAGGUACUGGGUCUGUUCCACGACGAGCUGUCCGUGCGCCAACGCACCCGACAGAAGCGUGCCAAGGCGGAGCAGAAGCGUGAGAAGCAAAUUUUUGAAUUUAACGAACGUCAGCUCGGCAAGGCGAUGGCACGAUCCGCGCGCAUAUCGAUUGAUUCGACCAAACAGUUUCCUUCGUGUGGAUUUUCCGACUCUUACCUGGACGAUCCAUCACCGUUCGGUAGCAGCCCAGUUGCAAGCGACAUCUCGAGCUCUCCUGGCUCCAGCGGGUCCGCGAUGUCAUCCUGGUCAAAAAUGGUGUCCACCCAACCCUCCUCCGGCCAACGUUGGCCCACCCUUGGUGGAGGAGGAGCAGCGACGUCGUCAAACGCUCCACCACCGAAGCUGGUACAGGUCACGGGGAGUCGCAUGACCGCCUCAACCAGUAGCGCUUUCCGCACCGGUUGGCGCAACACAGCAGCAUCGUCCGACAUCGAGGAAGAUGAAACGGACGAAGAGCUCAUUGCUGCCCGUGCACCACGAUUCAACAACAAUCUUGGCCGCGCGAUCGAGGCAGCACUGGAGAAGAAAAUUUCCCACCCAAACCAAUCUAAUGCGGGCGCUGCUACUGCCGCUGCCGGUGCUUCGGGUUCGGGUGCUGCGGGAAAGCGUAAGAAAAAUAAGAAAACUCUUCUCUUCGCCUCGGGCAUGAAUCUUAACUGAUUUGUUUGCCCUCCCUCCCGCCCAGUUGGGUUUAUUUUGUUGCUAUGGCAGUCAAUGUUUCGCUUGUACGCGCGCAUCGUUUUAUUUGUUUUCCCUUUGUUUGUGUGUGUACAGCUAUCCCUCUUGUGUUAAGUUUUCUUCAAUUCAACACAUAUAAAGAAUUAAUUCUUGAUAAUUGGUUAUCACUCCUGUAUGUUAUUUUUCGGUAAAACUUUUGGUAAACGUUCUAAAUGUUUUUUUCUCUUUACAACAAAUAUGUAAUGUGUUAAUGUAUCGUCCUAAUUCGUUUCAAUAAUAAUAGCGAGAGCGAGAGAGAGAGAGAGAGA